UCUCCUUCCUUCCUCUCUUUUAACCGCUCCACGGCACCUUGUAUUCCCUCAUCUUCUUCUUCUCCAAACCUUCCUCCCAAGAACACAUCAACACCACCAAACCCACCAUCGAAAAUGCAUCAGCUCAUCACGCCCCCGCUUUCAGUCAAUCUCUUUUCACCCGUUUAACCAUUACCAUUCAUUCCUUCAUUCUUCUCCUCCGCCUUUCAAUUCCCGAUGGACAAGUUGGAGGGGCACAAGACCAUGGCCGACGCCGCCAAGUCCCGGCUGGUGGCCGACAUUUGCUCCGUCUCCGGCCACGCAAUCCCAUGCUCCCACAUGGCGGGCCGUGGACCGCCCUGCAUCGACUGGUAUCGCCUCCUCGGAGUGGAAGAAAAUGCAGAGCUGGAUACCAUUCGGAAACAGUACCACAAGCUAGCGUUGCAGCUUCAUCCAGAUAAGAAUUGCCAUCCGAAAGCCGAGUGCGCGUUCAAGCUCGUCUCGGAGGCGUAUUCAUGUCUAUCUGAUGAUGCAAAGAGGAAAGCCUUCGACCUGGAUAGGUGGAGGAACCUGUGCUGGGACUGCCAGAGAGUCCCGCCUCCGAGCUCCGAUUCUUUGAAGCCCGUGGAUGGAUGGAGACCCCAGAGAAUUUUCCCCGGAUUCAAGGACAUCAGAGAGAGGUUCAGAGAGGAAGCCAGAGUGAUAGAGAGAUGCCUGAGAGCCGCCGCGGCGCUGAAGCAACGAACCAUCAACAUUUCAUCGAACACCGCGUGCGCAAGCAAGACCCACCUCGGCAGCGCCCACAAGGAGAGCCCCAUCUUCGACCCAUCGCUUUAUAAGGCUGAUGGGUACCCUCAUUUGAGGACCAGGACGUGCAAGAUGUCGGACAACUUUCGGUGCUCUAGCCACAGAGAGAGAAGCAAGAGCGGGGAGUUUGGUUCUCCAAUCUUCAUGGGCAAGAAAGCAUCAGCAGAGAAGGGGAUGAGCAGCAGCAGAUCAGUUUGUCUCCGUUCUUGAACGCCAAAAAGGAAUUUGCUCCCAUCUUCUUCUUCAAUUUUCCAAAGGGUGUUUGUCAGAUCAGGCUAAAGAUUCAAUGGCGCUGAUACAAGAAAAUUGCUGAUAGAUUUCUGCAUCGGUUGAGCUGGGCUCUGUUGUAAAGCCCAACUUAUAAGUCCACUUUUCAGAGGCCAUUAUUUUAACUUAUGUCUAUUGGGUUUUAUCAACCUAUCUAUACAAA